CCUUAUGUGGUCAUAGACGAUUUCAAUGCUACUCUGCAAGAGAGUGAAAAAGAUGGGGGACGGGCGUGGAAUGCUGCGCAAGCCUUUAGUCUCCGUGAAUUUGUUCAUGAUUUGGGUCUCCAUGACCCUGGUUACCAAGGUGAUCAAUUUACGUGGACAAAUAAGCGCAUGGGCGAUGCAUGCAUUCGUGCACGUCUGGAUAGAACACUGUGCUCUCAAUCCUGGAUUGAUACUUACCCGGAGACACUGGUCAAACACUUCACGGAUCAGGGAUCAGACCAUCGUGCCCUUCUCCUUGCUGAUAAGCCUUAUGUUCGUACUAGUCGACCUCUAUUCCGUUUUGAUGCCCGUUGGGCGGAUAAUCUGGAGGUAAGGGCCAUGGUCAACUAUGUCUGGCAGGAGGAGAUCCAAGGCACCCCUAUGUUUCGGCUAUGGGAGCGCCUAAAGAAGCUCCUUCAUCUACUCUAUGAUUGGAGCAGGGCGGGCACAACUAAUUCCCUGCGCAAUAUCAAGACGCUUCAAGCCAAGAUUGAUAGGAUAAAGUCGAUCCAUCCGGUGGAUUGGGAUGAGAUCAGGGCCCUGGAAACGGAGCUCUCUCACCAGUGGGAAGCGGAGGAGGUUUUGUGGCAGCAAAAAUCCAGGGUUAAAUGGUUAAAAAAAGGAGAUCAAAAUUCUGCCUACUUCUAUAUGGUCACCAGGGCUCGGCGGAAGAGGAAUUUCGUUUCCGGGCUUCGAAAUGAGGAAGGGGAAUGGGUCACUGAGGAAACUGGGAAGGCUUCUAUUACCACCAAUUUUUACCAGACCUUGUUUACCUCAGAAACUCAGGUUCCUAAUAUGGCUGAGAGGGUGGCGAGUCUGCCGAUUGCCCAUAGUGUUACUCUGCAAAUGAAUGCGCAAUUGACGGUGGAGGUUUUGCAGAGUGAGGUUCGGAGUACGGUCUUUGCCAUGGGAUCGAAACAGGCCUCAGGAUCGGAUGGCUUCACACGGAAGUUCUUUAAAUCUUUUUGGGAUAUUGUUGGCACUUCGGUGGUUGAAGCAGUAAUAUCCUUCUUUACUUCGAGUCGGAUGCUGCGGAGUUUUAAUCAUACCUGGCUCACUUUGAUCCUUAAAGUGGACUCGGUGGAAACAAUUAGACAAUUGCGUCUGAUUAGUCUCUGUCAGUUUGUUUACAAAUUGAUUACCAAAAUCAUGGCUGAGCGGCUGGCUAGCAUGCUCCCUCAGAUCGUUUUGGAAGGCCAAAAUGGCUUUAUCGGAGACCGGCAGAUUAUUGAUAAUAUCCUUAUAGGACAUGAACUAAUGCAUUAUCGAAAAUAAAAAGGCAAGGGAAGAAGGGGUACAUGGCUCUGAAGGUUGACAUGUAAAAGGCCUGUGAUAGAGUCGAAUGGCCCUUCCUUCUUGCAAUUUUGGAUAAGAUGGGUUUUAAUUCAGUCUGACAAGGAUGGAUACACGAAUGUCUCCGAUCCUCCUCUUUCUCGGUUCUAAUGAAUGGUACACCCUCUGGUUAUUUCACUGCCUCUAGGGCCUUCGCCAGGGGGAUCCGCUUUCUCAUCUCUUGUUUGUACUCUGCACGGAGGGGUUUGCAGCCCUCCUUCGAAAGGCGAUUACGGAGAAAAAAUUAGAGGGGGUGAAAGUAGCUCCUCAUGCUCCAAGAGUCUCGCAUCUAUUCUUCGCGGAUGAUUCUUAUUUAUUUUUGCGAGGUUCUCUGCAGGAGUCCGAGAAUUUGAUUGAGGUGUUGAAUGAAUAUGAGUAAUUGAG